CGCUGGUCGUAAAGCGCUGCAGGGCGCUACGAACGAGCGCGGCGGCUGCCUGGCGAUCGUGCCGCGCACGGGCAGCCCCGGGACCGCGGCGCCGGCGGCCGGCACCGACCGUCGCGUCGGGACCGUCGGUUGGGGGCAGCCCCACACGACAAGAUGGCGACGCGCCGCCAGCGCGCGAAGCAGCGCCAGCCGCAGCCGCCGGAGCCGGCCGCGGACUACGAGCACAUUGGGGUGGUGCUCCGGCUGCGGCCGCUCUUGCGGUGGGAGCGGCGCGAGGGCUUCCGCGAGGCCGUCGCGAAGUAUGCCGAUGCCGCUUUGCAGGUCGACGGUCCGCAACCGAAACUAUGUCGCUGCGACAAGGCGUUUGAUGGGGAUACGGGCCAGCGGGAGUUCUUCCGCGACUCGGGCGUCGUGCCGUUGAUUGAUAGUAGUUUUGAGGGCUUCCGGUCCACAGCAUUUGCAUAUGGACAAACAGGAGCAGGCAAGACGUACACGAUGGUCGGCGGGGACGACGCUCUUGGUGGGUUGGUCCAGUCGAGACGCGGUCGUAGGCGAAGAGCCGAAACGCCGGGGACGGACGAGGACGACGGUUUGUUGCCACGGGCCCUUGCGCAUGUUUUUGCGAGAGUGGACGCAUUACGUAGAAAACAAAAAACGAGAGUCAGGAUGACCUGCCUGGAGAUCUAUCGAGAUGUCGUGACAGAUAUGCUCGCGCCCGAAUCCGCCCAAAACAGGCCGGCCCUCAAGAUCCGCGAGCACGCGUCGCACGGGUUCUUCGUCGAAGGCUUACGAGCGUGUGAUGGUACGAGUGCGGCGCAGUGCGCCGGCGUCCUGGGCAAGGCCCUGGCUUGUCGACGAGUGGGAGCGCACAAAUUGAAUGCGCGUUCCUCGCGGUCGCACUGCGUCGUCACGUUAUAUGUCGAUAGCGAGCCGAAGAACGGAGGAAGAACGACGUACGGGAGCGUGUCCUUCGUCGACCUCGCAGGGUCCGAACGACUCAAGGAGACGGGUUCUGGCAGAGACAAGCGGAUGCUCGCCGACGCGGGCCACAUCAACAAGUCGCUCUAUACGCUGGGCAAGGUCAUCCGGGGCUUGGAGCGGUUAGCAAGGGACCCGUCGACGGCGCCGCGCGUGCCGUAUCGCGACUCGGCCCUGACGAAACUACUGAUCAGUUCCCUGGGAGGCUCGUCAAAAACAUUAAUGGUCGGCUGCUGCGCGUCGUCGGACAAGGCCAUCCCCGAGACGCUGAGGACCGUGGACUUCGCGGCGCGGGUCCGCGGGAUCAAGAACUUACCUAGAGUUCAUGUGGCCGAGCACCAGAACUUGGUCCAGCGGUUGCGGGAGGAGAUCGCGCGGCUGAAGCAGGAGAACGCGGAGCUGCGGUCGCAGCUCGCGGUGAGCCGCGGUGGCGCGACGGAGCUCGACGUCGAUCAAGCUCCGGACGACGCGAUGCUCCCGACCUGGACGUCGUCGCGAGGUCGCCCCGCGGCCGUGUCUCCAUUAUCGAUGUCGCGCAAUUCAUUAAAUGACCAGGAGUUUUUUCCCGACGUGCCCUCCAAAAAGCGCGAGCCGCGGCGAAGACGUAGAAGGCGGUCGACGAGAUCCGGGAGGAGCCCCGAGCGGGCGCCGGGCAUGCGCGCGAAGACGCCCUGGCAGCGGUCGCCCAUCGACAUGCUGCCGAGCGUGUCCCCCAAAAAGAAUAGGAGGCGGCGCGGGCGACGACGGCCGCGACGGCGCGACGACGCGGACGACGCGUACGCGCUGGGCAGCCUCAACGGCGACCACGGCCUGAACGGGGAUCAUGACGACCCCGAGGACGCCUACCGGGACGACGACGCCCAGGAGCGGCAGCUCGUGGCCAUGCUGAGCCAGGUCGCGACGGGCGGCGGGAGCCCGGCGUCGCAGUUCGGUCAACAUGACACGACGCCGCCGCCGGCGCGGGGCGCGCGGCGGCGGAAGGGGCGCGGGGGGGACAAGGGCCGGUCGCCUUCCUCAGAAUGGAGCGACGACGGGUCCGCCGGCGGCGGCAGCCUGCUCUCGACCGAGACGCCGUUCGGGAAGCGGGCCGCGCGGGCCGCGAACGCCGCGUCCGAGCAGGACCGCGAGGACGAGCUGACGGCCAUGCUGAUGCGUGCGAUGAGCGGGGCCGGGUAAUUUCUCAGGAUGA